AUGGCAGGUUCUAUCCAGAAACACAUAAUCCAGAUAACAGGAUUUAGAGGCAAAGAGAAAGAAGAUCUAACUAAAUUGCUUUUAAAACUAGAUUGCAAUUUUAUUAACAAUAAGGAAAGUGGGUACUAACUAAGGACUACAUAAUUAAUAGUGCCGAAAGUGGCAGAUGGCUCGAUGAAACAACUUAUGAAUGGGGAUAUAAAAUUGAAAAAGACUCCCAUUAUUCACCUCAAAUGCAAUCUGCACCUAAAAGAUGGCGCAAAGAACUGACAAGCACUGGUGCUCCAGGGGCCUUCCACAGAUGGAAAGUUGUCCUCCUGGUUAAAGAGGGUAGUAAAGGAAUAGAUUCUCUUACAAGGGUUCUGAAAGCUGGAAAGGCCCAGGUUUUUCUACCAAAUAAUUCACCACAUGGAAUUACUCACGUGAUCUCCUUGGAUACAAAUUUAAAAGAGGAAAAAGCCAAGUAUACCUUUGGAGCGCCCUACUAUCCAAUACAGUACCUAGUAGAUUUUUUAUUUUUAGAGCCUAAAGAAGAACAAAAAGCCACUGAUUCCAAGACUGACUGUGAACUUUCUGACCUGAAAAAGGCAUUAAGAAAGCACAUAUGUAGAGUGGAGGCUGUGAAGUAUAAUUGCACUGAAUUAACUAAAAGUACAGGAUACAGUAUAGAGGUUAAAAAUACUAAACUUCCUAGAAAUAUAUGUAAUACAAUUGAACUCCUUAUUGAAGGGCAGUUCUUUACAGAAGCACUUAAAGAACUAGUUUUCCUACAACCACAAUACAUCCCUCCUGUCUUUCUUCUUCAUGCUCUUCUGAAGAACAUGCUACAGGAUAAUAUAAAGACCUUGAUUGAUCAGUACUUCCGUGUUUUGUCAGUUCUUCUGCAUCUUCAUCCUCCUUGGAAGUCUCCUGCCAUGUUGAGUUAUUAUUUAGAAUUUUUUCAGUGUCCAAAUUGUAUGAAAGGAACGUGGUCUUUUGUAGACGUACUUAUCCGGUCCUGCCUCUUCAGUGAAAGUUUUUGUCACCCAAUUCCAGAAGGUGGAGUUGUGUCCAAGAUGCUCAAGCUGGCAUUAUUAACAUUCUUCUUUACACUAUUGAAAAAUGAAGUUCAGCAUCUGAAUCACAAAUUAUAUGAAGGGGCAGAUUCUCAAAGCCUAAAAGUCCGAGAACAAUCCUUUCUUCUUGAAAUCUUCUGGUCUGGAAAUGAAGCCUCAGUAUUUUUUACCAAGCCAACAAAUAUGCUCUUGGAUUGGUCUAUAUAUUCUCAAAAACAAAAAUUCAAAUCUAACGAUGCUUUCAUAAAUGAAGUGGCUUAUCUGUUGGUUGAGAUACUUGGAGCCGUGGUAGAAUAUUGGAUAUUUCUUGGUCUUAAGAAGGACAGAAAUGUGAUGCGACACAUGUCUGAUAAUCUAGGAAAUUAUGUUGCUGUUUCUUGUGAUGAUUUUUCUUCACAGGAGUUAGAGAGUUUCAUUAGUUCCUUAUCUUCAUCCUGGCUUCAAAUGUUCAUUGCAGAGUCAAUCUUUAAAAAGAUAUGUUUACAGAGCUGUAUCAGUAUUUCUCCUGAACCACUUUCUCUUCAGAAAAUGAUAUGUUCUUAUUUGCCUGCAUUGGGAAAAGUUGGUAUGCUUGAAUCAAGAAAGGGGCAGAAACGGAAGAAGAUGGGACCUUGGGUUGGCCCUGACUCCCAGAGAACAUUGAAGAUGUUAAGUGAUGUUGCUCAGAACCAAGCCAAGGUCUUGCCUGAGGGACCUGAGCUGAAGCAUUCUUUGUUGUUAAAAAGGUCGCAAAAGAAAUGGGAAGAAGAGUUGUCAUGUUCCAAAGAGAAUUGCUGCUCUUUGCUUCCAAAAAUGCAUUUUCACAAGACCAAUUUAAAAGGAGAGACAGCCCUGCAUAGAGCUUGCAUAAAUAACCAAGUGGAGAAAUUGAUUCUUCUUCUCUCUUUGCCAGGAACAGACAUUAAUGUUAAAGACUAUGCUGGCUGGACGCCUUUGCAUGAAGCCUGUAACCAUGGCAACACAGUGUGUGUCCAGGAAAUUUUGCAACGUUGUCCAGAGGUAGAUCUGCUCACUCAAGUGGACGGGGUGACUCCUUUGCAUGAUGCGCUGUCAAACGGACAUGUAGAAAUUGGCAAGCUGCUACUCCAGCAUGGGGGCUCGGUGCUUCUCCAACAGAAGACUUCUAAAGGAAAACUGCCUUUGGAUUAUGUGCUAGCUCCCCAAAUCAAAGAAGACCUUCUGGCCGUCCUACAAAUUGAAGGUUCCACUGAGGACCUUCAGGCACAAGAAGAGGACCAUUUCUACCAGCAGCAGAUUGAAUUUGGCUCAUUCUUACUUAGUAGAAUGCUGUUGAAUUUUUGCUCAAUAUUCAACUUAUUUUCAAACUUCUCUGUCUUUAAAGAGUUAACUCAUCUACGUGAAAGAUUGUUUACUUCUACAAUUUGCAAGGAUGCCACUAGUAUCCAUACUGACUGGAUUAUGGAUCUCUAUGCUAGAGAUCUUGUGACACUGAACAAGCUACCAAGUCUCCUUAAGGAGAUACCUGAGAACUUGGAAGUGUUUCCUGGAGUUCAGACACAGGCCUUACUGAUGACAUUAAAAACUAUGCUAGAUCAGUCAGAGACUUUUCACAGCACUAGUUAAUUUUGAUAGAACUUCUAAAAUAUUCACAUUCUAUAUUUAUAGAUGCAAUCUUUGAUGUUGUUUAUAAAUGCAUAUUAGAUCAUUCCUUUUUCAGAAAAAUAUAUGUAACUCUCCAAAAGAGAAAUGCAAAUUAUUUCCAAAUUGAAUAGAAAUUUUAAAAUUAUUUACAAAUUGAAUAGGAAUACACAUUGAAUAGACAUCUUAAAAAUUACAUUGUAUUUUUUAAAAAGUGAUUCUUGUUUGUAUUGUAAUCUUCUUUAUCUAAAUGUUUAAUAAAACCUUGCAAAAUUUUUCUCUCUUUCCCCUAUGGAUCUGAGAAUGCUGGCAGAUACCAAUGCAAUUAUUCAUAUAUUCACUUUUAAGGAUAUAGUUGGAAACUGUUUUUUAUUCAGCAUUCCGACCAUCAGAAAAGAUUCCUUUCAAUGCUGUGUUUUUCCUAACAUUUGUAAAGUUUGCAGCAUUAACUAGUGCGCUAAUGGGAAGAAAAUAAGCCUGAAUUUAUCUCUAUCUGCAGCAUAUAGCACAAAAAUGGGUGUUGCUGCUGCAAGUAGCCCAUAUGAUGGCAGUUCAUAAAUUAAGUUGAUCCAAGGUCUUUCUGUGCAUAUGUCAACAUAGGCUAGAAAUGUUUCAGUUUGAGGUUCUUUCAUAAUAGCUAUUCAUGGUAAAGUUAAAAAUGAAAGUAUGGAUGAUCACAAUCACUAGUGGGAAUGUUAUAUUUUUCUAUAGCUGGCACAGAGACAUUAAGACUUCCAUUUAGCUUUCUUGCAAUUUAUUUGUAUAAUCUCACAGCAAUUAAUCUGUAGACUUAUCAUAGAUACAGAUCUUUUCACAAAGAACAGAUUCAGCAAUCAAUUACUGGAGUCAUAAUCUCAUUGUCAUCCCAUAUAAUUGUGGAUCAAUUCUAGUUAAAUUUUGUUCUUUUCAUGAUUUUCCUAAGUUAUGUUUACAAAUAAGGUUGUCUAAGGAAUAUCAAUUAUUAAUAUCUGGCAGACUUCAGAGAGAAGAUGUAGUAUGGUCUAAUAAAGCAAGCAAUGGACAGGACCUUGGAAAAUCCAAACUCUCAUCUGGUCUGUACUAUACCAACAAGCUGCCUAUUGGGCAAGCCUUGUGUUCUUCCUGAACCUCAGUUGCCUCAUCAGUAAAAUGUUCAGUUUGUUCUAAAUCAUCACUUGUUUGUUUGUUUGUUUCUUACAUUAUGAUCCUUCAUGAUAUAUCUUUUUCCUCUUAUUGAACACUACAAAACGAAACUGAACAAAUGAAAACUGAGUAUAGAGAAGAUAGUUUAUCAAAAUAAGGGAAAACGAGGCAAGGCAGAAGAGAUAAAUUUGGAAGAAUAACACAUGUCCUGUUUUCACUAGUUCAUUUAAACUGCCUUUUUUUUUUCAUUGUAAUGGGAAAAUAGUGGAUUUUUCUACACUGAAUCACCAUGAAAAUGUUUCCUUUUAGUUGCAAUAUUUAUUUAUAUUUUCUACAUGAAUUUUGUACUUGUCAGUUUUUCUCUUACCAUGAAUAUAUUAUAAGAUAGUAUAGUGACAUAAUUUGAAUUAGCUGCAAGGUAAAAUUACAUUCCUGGCUUUCAUUCUCAUCUUUUUAAAAUUGCUGCAUAUUUUCUAUGUACAUGCCACUGUGCUAGGCGUUAUUAGGAUUUGUGAAAACCUUCAAAAAGGGAGGUGGUCCAAGCCUAUGAGAAGUUCAUAUUUUUAUAAUUUUUUAAGUUUAAUGAAACUUUAAAUUUUCACUUGAGUUAAUAUAGUUUAACUUGCAUAAUGUGUCAUAACCUUGCUAUGAGAAGUUUAAUUCUCAUAUUUGUGUUUUAAAAUGUAUAAUCUGUCAACACAAGUUUUCAAUUCUAGAUGACUUGAAAAAAGUUAUGUGCAGUACCUAAAAAGAGACCUGAAUUAUGGCAUUCAUAGGUUCUAUGUAUCUGUCUCAAAUUCUUUUAAAUAAGCCCUCAAACUAGGUAUAGUUAUAUGUUUGCCAAUUACUAAGCCUGAGAAAUUUUCUGAUAAGUAUUCUAAAGUAUCAAAAUAAGACCUUCCCUGAGAAUUCAAGUUAUAUAAAAGUUCAGUAUUGUUUUUCUGUUAUUUAGUUUUAUUUUUACUAACAUUCCAAAAGGAUUAUCCAAGUUUGAAGCUGAAACCUUUCAAUGAAUCGAGUUUUUUUUUUUUUUUUGGUUUACUUUUUUUUUUAACUAGAUUUGUGAUUUCAUCUAUACAGAAUGUUCCCCAUAUGAAAACUGUCGCCAUAGAUGUAGAUUGGCAACUUGUCUUUAAUUUAUAAUCUUAGAUUGCCCGUGACUCUGAGAGGGAACUUGCCCAUAGCCACAUAGUUGAUAUUUUGUCAGAGGUAAGACCUGAAAUCAUGUCUUCUUGACCAUAGACUUCUCAGUUGUUUUUGUAUUAAUAAAAGCAGAUAUGGGUCUAAAUGUUCUUAAUUUUCUCCACAAACAGGAAAAAAAAAAUUGUUGUAAAUUUGCCUUUCAGCUUUGUGCCUCAGCAACAAAACUAUAGUAGCUUGUAUAUUUGUAUAUGCUGUAGCUUAAAUGAUAUCUUCCUAAAUCUAAAGAUCAAAUGGUGUAAGGAUCCUAGUCUUAGAGGCAAUUGACUUAUAUUUCUGAAGGACUUUCAAUAAGCCAGUCUCUGGGCCUUAUGAAAAAUGGAGAUAAUCUGCUACCCAAGUAAUUGUGAAGAAAAUACUUUGUAGCUAUAAAGUACUACAUAAAUGUGAUCCAUUUUUAUUUUCUGGUAUUUUGUGCCUUUCCUAAGUGAAAAAAUGUUUUGAAACCUUUAUGUGAUGUGUAAUUGUAAUGACGAAGUAAUCCUUAUUGUAGAUGUGGUAGUUUUCUUUGCUCAGGAUUAUGUUUCAUAACACCAAAUGUGGUAUGCAUAUAUAUCACCCAUUUCUGAGUCUCAGCUUCCCCUCACCCUUGGACUAAGUUGACCAACCCAAUGUGUUUCUAACAUGCCCCAUGAAAGGAUACCAUUUUUGUUUACUUUAAAACUUAGAAUGUAGUUUCCCUCAGAUGAACACCAUCAUGUGCAGCAAUCAUCAGGGGAGAGUGCACUCCAUAUGCAUGCACACACCUUUCCAUUUAAGAGAGAGAGCUUGAUGAGAGCCUGUCAAUGUUUCUCCUUAAUCAGCAGGAAGGGGUCAUUUUUGAGUGACAUGAGGCACUUCUUCCCCCAGGCACUCUUCCACACCUCCUGCUGACAUCUAGAGAGCAAGACUUAGAAUGAUAAUUUGUUUUUAUAACGAAUAUGGCUUGAAUUAGAGGGUCACUGAUGACAUUGUUGGAGUUAGGUAGAUAGUAGGAACCAGACAACUUCAAGAUUGGUGACAUGGAGUACUGAACUGUUCCUGAAAACCAAAUUGCAAGAAAUGCCAAAUUAGAUUCUAAAAGUUAUGAUGGCAGAAUAUUCUUUGAUGUUUAAUUAAGCCUUAAAAUAACUUUUUCAUAUAUGAAAUACAGUAGGUAACAAAUUAGUUAGAAAGGGGUUUGGGGUGUUAUUUUGUGUGGUUUUUGAAGUACAGCAUACCCCUUAUAUGGAAGACAUUUUUUAUAUGGCAGUAGGAUUCUGGUAAGAGAAUUUGGUAAAUUUUAUACUUCAUUUGAUCCUAUAUCAUUUAAUAAUUGCAUGCUGUAUUCAUCAGUAAAGCUAGGAAGCCACACAUUUUAUAUUGAGAACCCUAUAACCUCUGGGUGAGUAUGUACUAAGGUGAAUUUAAGCAUAUCUUCAAUGUCCUUUUCCAGAUACAUUAAUAAAGUCAUUGUCAUCUUUAUCUUUCAAGAACUCUUAGGUUCUAGGGAAUCAGACACUUAUUAUAUACCUAAAUAUGCACACACACACACACAUACACACACCCUUUAAGUCCUGGUAAAUAACAUCUGAAGGUUGAAAGGUUGAAAAUUCACCCUAGCUACUGAUUUAUUUCUUAAUGUUUUAGCCUUUAUAUUCUUUCUAGUUGAUGAAAGAUCCAAGCACAAAUAUGGUCAGGAAAGUUUGAAUACUUAAGAUAAUUUGUUGAAGGAAAAAUAGGAAUAUUUUCACUUUUUCAAAAGAAAUGUAUAGCUUAAUUAUUUUUAUUUUACGUUUUAAAAAUUGUAAAAUGAAGAUUGUUUUUAACAAGAUGUUUUUUACUUUAAAAUGCAUGUGAAAAACAUACAAGUAACUGAGUUUGAAUAUAACAUUAUAUUUGUGCUAUUGCACAUGUAGUAUAUUUGUACUGAUUGUGUUUUGUUUUCCCAUUUUAAAAGAGCAAAAUAAAUUAUUUGGUUAUGUGUUAAAAAUAAUUUGCCAAAUCAAGAACUGGAAGACAUUUAGGAUUGCAUCUAAGCAAAGUGCCCUAUGAUCCCUAAAAAAAGAAUAAAAAAGAUACCAUUAAGGUAUUAGUAAUCCACAGCAACAUAAUAUAGAAUUGAAUCCACUUUGUAAAUGGUUCCAACUCAUGUAGGAUUAUCAUCAGUAGUAAUUAAAGCCUUUCCCCAAAUUUUUUCAUUUUUUUAAUUGUGCUCUAAACAUCCUCCCCCUCGCCCCAGUCCCUUUGUUGGCAUGAGCUUAUUAAUAGAAAAUCACAGGCUAUUGUUAGGAAAUAUUGUUUAAAAACUCAUCAAGAGAAAGGAAGAAAAAUAACAGAAAAGUGCUUUCUAGUUUCAGCAGGUGGGAUUGCCAAGUGAGAAUCUGGAAUCCAGGUUUGAAUCCAUUCCUAUAAGACUGUCAUUAAUCGUUAUGGUGGAUGAAGUGAAAAAGCCCCCUCCCCUCCAUCCUCUUACUCUUACAAUGAAGUAGAUAGUCCUUCUGAAAAAGAUCAUUAAUCUUAAAGUGGUAAAACAUAAAAAGAACUUAACUUGUCAUACGUGGCAUCUCAAAAGAACUCAGAUGUUAGGCCAGUGGUGAUUUAACUCUUUACACUGAGGCAUUUUUUCCUAAGGAUGAGAAUGGUUCCAAGUCUGGCAUUGCACCCCACCCCACUAUUUCAGAUUCAAACAGCUGGGUGUGUCAUCCAAUGCCAGUUUUAUUUGAAACAAAAAAAUACACUUUUUUCAUCCACAUGAUUUCCACCAAAGAGAUCCAGUACACUGUGCAGAAAGUUAUUAAUGAAGACAUCUGACACUUAGUAGUAUUGUAAGGUUUGCAAAGACCUUUGUAUACAUUAUAUUAUCUCCUUUGAUCCUCACAACAGCCCUGUGAGGUAGGUAUUGCAGGUAUUCUCUCCAUUUUAGAGAUAAGGAAACUGAGGUUGAGAUAAGUAAAGUGACUUGCCGGUGCCCACCCAGUUAUUAAAUACACAUUAAUUAAAAAGUUUCAAACACUUGACUCCAAGUUGAUCAUUCUUCUAUUACACCACGAUACCUCUUAAAUUGACAAACUUGUGGCUAAACAGUUUUGCAAUCUUAAAAUUAGGAUUAACAGAAGAAAAUGUGCCAUUUAAAAAACUGGUUAGGAGUCAUUGGAGGUUGGGAAGAAUCCAUUUGGAGGCUUUUGGUACAUGCCAUGUGCAUUGAUUGAAAAGAUUUUACAGGUGUAGGCAUAUUGGCAAAGAAGAGGCAAAGGCACUGAUGUGCAUGAAGUGGUCAGUUAUUUUGGUGGGCUAGAAGAGGGAGGUUAAGAAUAAGGGGUUUAUGGGGGGGGAAUGUCACUGAAUUGGUUUGUCUCUGGGAGGUGUGGAAGCAGCCCAAGUGUGCAUAUUUAAAAACAAAUUACAAGAAAAGAUUGAAGUAAAUCUAACUGAAUCAGUGUCUCAGUAGUUUACUGUUUUUAAAAAUUGUUUCAUUUUCUCAGUCUCACUUGCCAUGGUAACUGGCCUUCUAGUGGUGGUUAUUUUGAGUUUAGUGCCAUAACCUUAUCAUAAGCUGUUAUUAUUCCUCAAAGGUUGGUGUUUUUUUUUUUUUUUUUAAAUGAGCUCUGAAAGCAUCAUAUGCCAAGCAAGAUCUUCUGCUUAAAGAUGUUAUGUGCCCUUUCUCUGAGGGUGUCUACCCCCUCUGUUUACUGACGUGGUCAUCCUAUCCUUACAAGCAGAUCUUCCCCUUGAGGUGGGAUGAGGGCAUCCUGUCUGGCGUAAUUCUUAAAACUACUAAAGAUUGAAUUCUUUCAUAUGGAUACCAUGUGGAUUGAUGAUAACCUAUCUUCUUUAUCAACCCCUUCUGAUUUUAGGAGUGUUCAUGGGAUGUGAAGAAUUACUUGUUCCCUGAUGGGUCUUUUCAGAUUCAACACACACACACACACACACACACACACACACACACACACACACACACAAAAAAAAAGCCAGGAGGAACUGAUAAGAUUAAAUAAUGGCUACAUUUGCCAGAGUUUAGAUGCAUUUGCGGGAAGUUCACUACUGUUAUUAAAUUAAGAAUUCUCUUUCAUUUCUCUUCA